CGCUCCCACUACCAUUUCUUCCACGAUUUCAAUUAUCGCCAUCCACCCCACGACAACAUCAUUUCCUAGGCAAAGUUUGCAAGCUCAUUGCUCUUCCAGUUGCACUCAUCUCUAUCAUCGGUUUCCCAAAGCUCACUGUGACAUCCAAGUCUGCAGACAUCAUGACUACUUGGCACGACCGGGUACACUCUGUCAACCCCUUUUUGACUCGAGAAAACUAUUCUCGACGUAGCAUCACUGCCUACAAAAUUUUCACCACCCUUUCUUGGUUGCUUUUGGUCAUCGUCACGGUUCAUUAUACCUUCGCCAAACCCCACGAUGGCCACCAUCGCCACACCAUUUGGGGUCAGAACCACCACCGCCACACGCCUUUUGCGCUGAACUCCAUUAUCACCAGCAUCUACUGGAUUGUACUCUUCGUUCUCCAGUUGGGCUAUGUGUGGCACCUCUUCAGCUCUAACACUGACGCCGUCAAUGCGGCCGCCAAUGUCGGCAGCCAUUUCAUCUUCAAUAACUUGUUCUACUUUGCUUUUGUGAUGCUUUGGGUGCGCUCUCAUUUCUGGAUCGCUGAGCUCAUCCUCAUCAUCAACUUCUUCAAUCUAACUGCUCUGUAUUUCCGUCACUCCACCUUACCCCGCCUGAUCCAUAUCCCCGUUGUCUCAGGCCCCCUGGCUUUCAAUUAUGUCGCCCUCUUUUGGGUUGGAGCGGCCAUGGUCAAUGCGCAUACAUUGCCUGCUCGCAUCCUCGCAAAUAUUGCAAUCUGGGGUAUCCUUGUCUAUGGAGGAUUCUAUCUGAUUGCAUUCAAGGACUACACCAUGGGCUUCGCGCUCAGUGUGCUUGCAGCUGCAUUGGGUGUUGCCCAGUUCUUGACCCAUGUCAUUGCGUUCCAGUGGAUCUUUGCCUUUGUCAUUAUGGCUCUUUUGUUCAUCAUGACCAUCCUCAUCUCUCUUCCUGGAGCGCUUGGAGAAAAGAUUCGAUACAGACAGCAGGGCCAGGUGGUCAGCGAAGACCGUGAACGGGCCCCGCUUCUGGAUGACCGUUAAAUCUCGACUAUCUCGGAGAAGAUUCCUUCCACGAAUAGGUCCAGUUCGAAAAAUAAAGAAGACGAUUUUGCUGUGCAAUGGUCCAAACAGCAAAAGUUCCUCGAGCAAAACAGCGAAAGUCUCUUUUGAUUCAUUUCUUUUCUUAGGUGCCUCCUUAUUUUACUCAAUUCUCACAAUGGAGGCUUUUUUUUUCGGCACUGUCUAGGGUCA